AUGGCUGCAGUUGAGGAGGCAGUUCUCAUCGGACUGUGUGAUGGGGCAAUCGAUUCCAAGCGAUAUCCGACGUCUUACUUGACGAACAAAAUUGGCGACCAACCGGACAAGCUUCCAGUGAUAUCAUGGCAACAUCCCCGCUGUGGUCUAUGCAACGCUGCCCUGGCCCAUGUGGUGCAGGUGUACUGCCCACUGGCGGCGUCUCCCUACCACCGCACCCUGAAUGUGUUCGCCUGCCCCGGGCAACAGUGCAGCGGACAACCAGAUAGCUGGAGGGUUCUGCGUUCUCAGUGUCUGGAAUCAGAGGUCAGAACCAACCCUGUGGUCCAACCAUCAGGCCACGCCCCAGUUAAAGAGGUUCCCAUGACAACCACAUACUGGUGUGAUGGGACUGAUGACUGGGGCGAGGAAGAGGGGGAGGGAGAUGGAUGGGACAAGGCCCAGAACCAGGCUCAUAUGGAGGGAGGGGACCCUGACCCUGACCCUGAGAUCCUCUUGCCCACCGGGACCUCCUCUGAGGUGGAUGUGAGUGGCAAGUUUCAGGAUCUCAGUCUGGAAGUUGGAGAGGUGGAGGAGGAAGGGGAGGUUCUGGGUAACAUCCCCACCUACAGACCUUUCUACAUCAGUGUGGUGGAGGAGACUGACCUGGGUGAUCAGUCAGACCUGGAGCACGCUGAGAGCCUGCUGAGGGAGUACAAGCAGAGAGAGGGAGUAGAGAAUAUGGGGAGCUCCGAGGGGGGAGGAGGGGAGGAGAAGUACGAGAAGGGUAACCCCAGACAUGGAGACGCAGCGUUCUCCCGCUUCAUGAAGAGGAUCUCUCUUUGUCCGGAGCAGGUGUUGCGGUACAGCUGGCACGGGUCUCCUCUCUUCUUGUCUGACCCCCCCUCGGACCUGCCUUGGAUUAAACCUGGCUGCUGUCACUGUGGAGGAAUCAGGGUGUUUGAGUUCCAGCUGAUGCCUGCUCUGGUCAGCCUGCUACAGAGGACAGACGCAGGUGCAGGGAGAGGGUCGAGGUCGGCGGUAGAGAUGGAGACGGGGCUGGAGUUUGGUACAGUGAUGGUGUUUACCUGUAGAAACAGCUGUUGGUCGUCAGGCUCAACCUCACCUGUGGAAGAGUUCAUCUAUCUACAGGCAGAUCCAGACCAGAAACUCUUCAAAUAACUGACUCAUUAACCACGUUUCCAUCCAGUUUUUAUGCGAGUGAAGUCAUACCUUAUUUAAAAAAACCAUGCGACAGCUGUGAUGGAAACAGGAAGUUUCGAUACAAUUAUGACGUUUUGAUAACAUGUGAUAAAUGCGGACAAAUCAUUUUUCCGUUCGACAUGGUGGGAUGUUUUUGAAAUGGUGGUGGAAACACCUUUUUAUCCACAAAUAUUGGUAUAAUACCCAUCAUAUGGAAGUAAACUUGAAGUCAUGUGAUGAUAUGGUGUGUGGUCCUCCCACUACGACUCAGGAAAGCAUGCAGUUUAUUAGGCUACUGAUGAAAUAAGUUAUGAUGAACUUCACAGGGUGGUGAAAGGGCACGGUGAUGAGCUUGAUGCUCUUUUCCAAUAAAUAUCGAGGGUCUUAUUCUGGUGCCAUGAUGAUCGAUGCUUGACUGCUGUUUGACAAAUACAAAUAUUACGCUCUUCUCCAUAAUAAUCUCAUCAUGUAGACUAGCCCACCUUCACAGCCUACCUGCUCCGAGCUGUUGGCCAGAGCGCAGGUGCCAAGACCAGAGGAGGUACAUUUGCUAUUUAACGCAAUAGUUUUUGUGACAAAACUAUCAGUAGAGUGGAAAAUGCGAUGGAAACACAUUUAACUUUAUAUGUUUAUUCGGUACAUGAAAACUUUUAAGAUGCACUAUGCAGAAAUCGCUCCACCAUUUCCUGGUUGCAAAACAUUAGAAUAGUUCGCCUAAUUUCAGUUUAUGUGACAAAACAAGCAAGUACAGUGUAGAGAAUCAUUGUACCAUCUAAACCGCUGUGAAAUAUAUUUUCUAUAACCAAAAUAUUAUAUUUGAAGCUGUUUGAAGCUGGUGUACAAAACCGAAAGCUAAAGACGCAAAAAUGAAAUUUAAGCAUGGGAAGCAUAGAAAUAGCGCACAUAGAACAGAUCUACCACCUCUUAGACUGGCUGUCAAUGAGAAUGACAGAUCUAUAACUUACAUUUCUAUGUGAAUUUGGUCAGGUCGCCCAACAAGUUACAAAUUGCAGCUAUAAGCGAAACAUAAUGUUUUUGUGUUCAGUACGACGUCACGUUCAGAUUUUUAUCCGCAUGAAGUCCGUUUGUUGGAAACACCACUAGUGGGAAAAUGCACAUAUUUUCUUUAUGCAGAUUUCACCUAUUGGAUGGAAUAACUUUGUAAUGAAAGAAUAAAGAUGUUUCUUGCUUUGGUUUGGAAAGAAUAAAGAAUCCAGAAAGUGAUACAUUGUUUGCCAAAGAGUCUUUCAUUUUAUAGUAGUAUUUAUCACUAGAGAAAUAAUGUAUAAAAUAAAAGGGCAUGAGUAAGAACUGAAGAACAUUCUCAUGAUUAUUUUCGCUACCUUGGCUACAUUAUAGAGAAACUAUGUAAUGAAACAUAGAAUCCAUAGGAGGGCGCUGACAUCCCAGCAGGUGACAUUGAGUUCUAUAGUUGCCAUGGCGCCCUAAUAGCAGCCUAAGCACAGAGCUCCUGUAAAUGUGAACAUAUUGUAACGACCUGCACAGACAGCUGUGUGUUAUGCUGUUCGUUUGUUGUGUUCACGGGGUCCGACAUUCCAGUCAACCUGCUAUCUGCCAACCAAGGGAAUGCCUGGAAUGUUCUGGGGUUGGCAGGGGUGUGGAGCGGCGGGUGGGGGGGUUGGCAGGGGUGUGGAGCGGUGGUUGGGGGGGGUUGGCAGGGGUGUGGAGCGGUGGUUGGGGGGGGGUUGGCAGAGGUGUGGAGCGGUGGGUGGGGGGGGGGUUGGCAGAGGUGUGGAGCGGUGGGUGGGGGGGGGGGGGGGGGGGGGGGGGGGGGGGUGGGUGGGGGGGGGGUUGGCAUCACUAGUUUAAGACCAUGCUUAGCCAUUGUUCUCUCUCUUACGUCUGUUCUUAACAAGAGGUGGUCACGGUUGUUUUAUACUGUUAUCCUUGAUUUAUUUGGCGUGGGCUACGGCCAAACAGUAACCUGGGUUGAGUUUGGUUAAUAAACUGGGAAUUCGUCAACUCAAACCUCUGUCUGGACAAUUGUUCAUUUAUGAUCUAGCCAGGUCAUUACAAUAUUUAGUUAUAUUUAGGUGUUUUUCAUUGUUUAUUAAUCAGCUCUUUUGUUUUUGAUAACGUCAAGUUUUUAUUUCAUAUAUCUGGUGUUUUUGAGCCACAGAUUUGCAGGUUGACUGACAGGUCAACACUUUUUGGCUUGGCUAGCUGGCUUUUGUUUGAAAAAUGCAUCUGGACACAGUACCAUCUUUUUUUGUUUCACCUGGCUGCCAAUUCCAUAUCUUUUGAGAACAUCAUUUGAGGAGUCACCUGAAGCGUGAGAGGAACGGUAGACAGAGGAAUUACUGCAGCGCUGAGACAGAGGGCUCGUAAUGAGGACGUCUGGCUACUACUCUGAACAGAGGGCUCGUAAUGAGGACGUCUGGCUACUACUCUGAACAGUGAUCUUUCUGGCGCCCAGAGCUGCUGAGUGGGUGCUACACAGAGUGGAAGAGUCUGUCCCGUGGCCACAUGAGUCAGGCUGGUUCCCAGACUUGCCCUCUACAUGAGCAUCAGCAGACUCCAUCACCGUCAUCUACCGUCCUCUGACCAAAUCUCUCUGCUCAAGCCAUGAACCAUCUUCAGAUGAAGCAGCUUUCGAAGACUUGGCGUCUAUCGGUUGACCAGUCAUGACAUAUUGCUUUUUUUUGUGUUUUUUUUUGCUCUUGAAGUGCUUUGAGGUUCUAUGAAAAGCACUAUAGAAAUGUACUAAAUGAUAAUUAUUAUUGUUGUACAGUCAACUGGGCGGUGUGGUCUACUGUACAAUCUUCACCUUUCUGGCUUUGUUUUGGUAUUUCUCUGAAUGUAAUGUAGCCUCUAUGUGGGGAAAUGAGAGGCUGAUAUGUGAGGACACAUAGACUGAGUCCCAAAUGGCACCCUAUCCCUAUUCCCUAUAUAUAGUGCACUACCUUUGAUAUAGAACCAUAUGGGCCCUGGUCAAAAGUAGUGCACUAUAUAGGGAACAUGGUGCCAUUUGGGAUGCAGUUAUAAUGUACAUUGAAAUGGUCACGCACAGAGGAAACCUGAAGAUGCUGCUUUCCACAAUGUCAUUCAUAAUGCAGAAGGACAUUUUUAGAUUGUACUGUAUUUAUUAUGGCUCCUCAUUAGUUCCUGCCAAGGCAGCAGCUACUCUUCCUGGGGUUUAUUAUGGAUCCCCAUUUAGUUCCUGCCAAGGCAGCAGCUACUCUUCCUGGGGUUUAUUAAGGAUCCCCAUUAGUUCCUGCCAAGGCAGCAGCUACUCUUCCUGGGGUUUAUUAUGGAUCCCCAUUAGUUCCUGCCAAGGCAGCAGCUACUCUUCCUGGGGUUUAUUAUGGAUCCCCAUUAGUUCCUGCCAAGGCAGCAGCUACUCUUCCUGGGGUUUAUUAUGGAUCCCCAUUAGUUCCUGCCAAGGCAGCAGCUACUCUUCCUGGGGUUUAUUAUGGAUCCCCAUUAGUUCCUGCCAAGGCAGCAGCUACUCUUCCUGGGGUUUAUUAUGGAUCCCCAUUAGUUCCUGCUAAGGCAGCAGCUACUCUUCCUGGGGUUUAUUAAGGAGCCCCAUUAGUUCCUGCCAAGGCAGCAGCUACUCUUCCUGGGGUUUAUUAUGGAUCCCCAUUAGUUCCUGCCAAGGCAGCAGCUACUCUUCCUGGGGUUUAUUAUGGAUCCCCAUUAGUUCCUGCCAAGGCAGCAGCUACUCUUCCUGGGGUUUAUUAUGGAUCCCCAUUAGUUCCUGCCAAGGCAGCAGCUACUCUUCCUGGGGUUUAUUAUGGAUCCCCAUUAGUUCCUGCCAAGGCAGCAGCUACUCUUCCUGGGGUUUAUUAUGGAUCCCCAUUAGUUCCUGCCAAGGCAGCAACUACUCUUCCUGGGGUUUAUUAUGGAUCCCCGUUAGUUCCUGCCAAGGCAGCAGCUACUCUUCCUGGGGUUUAUUAUGGAUCCCCGUUAGUUCCUGCCAAGGCAGCAGCUACUCUUCCUGGGGUUUAUUACGGAUCCCCAUUAGUUCCUGCCAAGGCAGCAGCUACUCUUCCUGGGGUUUAUUACGGAUCUCCAUUAGUUCCUGCCAAGGCAGCAGCUACUCUUCCUGGGGUUUAUUACGGAUCCCCAUUAGUUCCUGCCAAGGCAGCAGCUACUCUUCCUGGGGUUUAUUAUGGAUCCCCAUUAGUUCCUGCCAAGGCAGCAGCUACUCUUCCUGGGGUUUAUUAUGGAUCCCCAUUAGUUUCCUGCCAAGGCAGCAGCUACUCUUCCUGGGGUUUAUUAUGGAUCCCCAUUAGUUCCUGCCAAGGCAGCAGCUACUCUUCCUGGGGUUUAUUAUGGAUCCCCAUUAGUUCCUGCCAAGGCAGCAACUACUCUUCCUGGGGUUUAUUAUGGAUCCCCGUUAGUUCCUGCCAAGGCAGCAGCUACUCUUCCUGGGGUUUAUUAUGGAUCCCCGUUAGUUCCUGCCAAGGCAGCAGCUACUCUUCCUGGGGUUUAUUACGGAUCCCCAUUAGUUCCUGCCAAGGCAGCAGCUACUCUUCCUGGGGUUUAUUACGGAUCCCCAUUAGUUCCUGCCAAGGCAGCAGCUACUCUUCCUGGGGUUUAUUAUGGAUCCCCAUUAGUUCCUGCCAAGGCAGCAGCUACUCUUCCUGGGGUUUAUUAUGGAUCCCCAUUAGUUCCUGCCAAGGCAGCAGCUACUCUUCCUGGGGUUUAUUAUGGAUCCCCAUUAGUUCCUGCCAAGGCAGCAGCUACUCUUCCUGGGGUCCUGCAAAAUUAAGGCAGUUACAGUGGGGGAAAAAAGUAUUUAUUCAGCCACCAAUUGUGCAAGUUCUCCCACUUAAAAAGAUGAGAGAGGCCUGUAAUUUUCGUCAUAGGUACACGUCAACUAUGACAGACAAAAUGAGAAAAAGAAAUCUAGAAAAUCACAUUGUAGGAUUUUUAAUGAAUUUAUUUGCAAAUUAUGGUGGAAAAUAAGUAUUUGGUCAAUAACAAAAGUUUCUCAAUACUUUGUUAUAUACCCUUUGUUGGCAAUGACACAGGUCAAACGUUUUCUGUAAGUCUUCACAAGGUUUUCACACACUGUUGCUGGUAUUUUGGCCCAUUCCUCCAUGCAGAUCUCCUCUAGAGCAGUGAUGUUUUGGGGCUGUCGCUGGGCAACACGGACUUUCAACUCCCUCCAAAUAUUUUCUAUGGGGUUGAGAUCUGGCGACUAGCUAGGCCACUCCAGGACCUUGAAAUACUUCUUACGAAGCCACUCCUUCAUUGCCCGGGCGGUGUGUUUGGGAUCAUUGUCAUGCUGAAAGACCCAGCCACGUUUCAUCUUCAAUGCCCUUGCUGAUGGAAGGAGGUUUUCACUCAAAAUCUCACGAUACAUGGCCCCAUUCAUUCUUUCCUUUACACGGAUCAGUCGUCCUGGUCCCUUUGCAGAAAAACAGCCCCAAAGCAUGAUGUUUCCACCCCCAUGCUUCACAGUAGGUAUGGUGUUCUUUGAAUGCAACUCAGCAUUCUUUGUCCUCCAAACACGACGAGUUGAGUUUUUACCAAAAAGUUAUAUUUUGGUUUCAUCUGACCAUAUGACAUUCUCCCAAUCCUCUUCUGGAUCAUCCAAAUGCACUCUAGCAAACUUCAGACGGGCCUGGACAUGUACUGGCUUAAGCAGGGGGGCACGUCUGGCACUGCAGGAUUUGAGUCCCUGGCGGCGUAGUGUGUUACUGAUGGUAGGCUUUGUUAAUUUGGUCCCAGCUCUCUGCAGGUCAUUCACUAGGUCCCACCGUGUGGUUCUGGGAUUUUUGCUCACCGUUCUUGUGAUCAUUUUGACCCCAUGGGGUGAGAUCUUGCGUGGAGCCCCAGAUCGAGGGAGAUUAUCAGUGGUCUUGUAUGUCUUCCAUUUCCUAAUAAUUGCUCCCACAGUUGAUUUCUUCAAACCAAGCUGCUUACCUAUUGCAGAUUCAGUCUUCCCAGCCUGGUGCAGGUCUACAAUUUUGUUUCUGGUGUCCUUUGACAGCUCUUUGGUCUUGGCCAUAGUGGAGUUUGGAGUGUGACUGUUUGAGGUUGUGGACAGGUGUAUUUUAAACUGAUAACAAGUUCAAACAGGUGCCAUUAAUACAGGUAACGAGUGGAGGACAGAGGAGCCUCUUAAAGAAGAAGUUACAGGUCUGUGAGAGCCAGAAAUCUUGCUUGUUUGUAGGUGACCAAAUACUUAUUUUCCACCAUAAUUUGCAAAUAAAUUCAUUAAAAAUCCUACAAUGUGAUUUUCUGGAGAAAAAAAAUUCUAAUUUUGUCUGUCAUAGUUGACAUGUACCUAUGAUGAAAAUUACAGGCCUCUCUCAUCUUUUUAAGUGGGAGAACUUGCACAAUUGGUGGCUGACUAAAUACUUUUUUCCCCACUGUAUAUACAAUUAAAAACAUUUCACAACAGAUUUCACAACAUAUUAAGUGUGUGCCCUCAGGCCUCUACUCUACUACCACAUAUCUACAACACAAAAUCGAUGUGUGUGUGUGUGUGUGUAUAGUGCGUAUGUUAUUGUGUGUGUAUGCAUGGGUCUGUGCCUAUGUUUGUGUUGCUUCACAGUCCCCGCUGUUCCAUAAGGUGUAUUUAUAUCUGUUUUUAAAUCUGAUUCUACUGCUUGCAUCAGUUACCUGAUGUGGAAUAGAGUUCCAUGUAGUCAUGGCUCUAUGUAGUACUGUGCGCCUCCCAUAGUCUGUUCUGGACUUGGGGACUGUGAAGAGACCUCUGGUGGCAUGUCUUGUAGGCUAUGCAUGGGUGUCCGAGCUGUGUGCCAGUAGUUCAAACAGACAGCUCGGUGCAUUCAACAUCUCAAUACCUCUCACAAAUACAAGUAGUGAUGAAGUCCAUCUCUCCUCCACUUUGAGCCAGGAGAGAUUGACAUGCAUAUUAUUAAUGUUUGCUCUCUGUGUACCUCCAAGGUCCAGCCGUGCUGCAGCGUGUGUCUGUGCCUGUGUCUCUUCACAGUAAUUUUUCUUGGUCCCUCUUUGUGGCACCUGACCACACGACCGAACAGUAGUCCAGGUGUGACAAAACUAGGACCUGUAGGACCUGCCUUGUUGAUAGUGAUGUUAAGAAGGUAGAGCAGCGCUUUAUUAUGGACAGACUUCUCCCCAUCUUGGCUACUGUUGUAUCAACAUGUUUUGACCAUGACAGUUUACAAUCCAGGGUUACUCCAAGCAGUUUAGUCUCCUGAACUUGCGCAAUUUCCACAUUACACGUUUUUGUUGAGGUUUAGGGUUUAGUGAAUGAUUUGUCCCAAGUAUAAUGAUUUUAGUUUUUGAGACAUUUAGGAGUAAUUAAUUUCUUGCCACCCAUUCUGAAACUGCCUGCAGCUCUUUGUUAAGUGUUGCAGUGAUUUCAGUCGCUGUGGUAGCUGUCGUGUAUAGUGUUGAGUGAUCCGCAUACAUAGACACACUGGCUUUACUCAGAGCCAGUGGCAUGUCAUUAGUAAAGAUUGAAAAUGGGGCCUAGACAACUGCCCUGGGGAAUUCCUGAUUCUACCUGGAUUAUGUUGGAGAGGCUUCCAUUAAAUAACACUUUCUGUGUUCUGUUAGACAGGUAACUCUCGAUCCACAAUACAGCUUCUACCCCCAAGCCAUAAGACUUCUGAACAAUUAAUUAAAUGGCCACCCAGACUAUUUACAUUGACACCCCCCUCCAUUUGUUUUUACACUGCUGCUACCCGCUGUUUAUUAUCUAUGUAUAGUCACUUUACCCCUACCUACAUGUACAAAUUACCUUAACUAACCUGUACCCCCACCCAUUGACUCAGUACCGGUACCCCCUGUAUAUAGCCUCAUUAUUACCUGGACUAACCUGUACCCCAGCCCAUUGACUCGGUACCGGUACCCCCUGUAUAUAGCCUCAUUAUUACCUGGACUAACCUGUACCCCAGCCCAUUGACUCAGUACCGGUACCUCCUGUAUAUAGCCUAAAAAAAAAUACCCUAAAUAUUAAAGCUGACAGUCUGCACUUUAACCUCAUAGUCAUUGCAUCAUUUAAAUUCCAAAGUGCUGGAGUACAGAGCCAAAACAACAAUGAACUGAGCUGCAGGACAGGAAGGAAACUGCACAGGGAUGUCACCAUGAGGCCAUUGGUGAUUUUAAAACAGCUACAGAGUUUAAUGUCUGUGAAAGGAGGAUCAUCAACAUUGUAGUAACUCCACAAUAAUGACCUAAAUGACAGAGUGAAAAGAACAAUACAAAUAUACAGAAUACAGAAAAAAAACAGCCAGGCCACCCGUGAUAGAAUUUAGUAUUCGACGUCCAUCCAUGUCUGUGGACGUCGGGAGAUUACGUGGAAACCGGCCACUAGGGGCAUCAGUGAGCACUGUUACCUUCAAGUAGGUUUUGUGUGUGGUGGACAGGGAUGGUCCCCUGGGGCCAGUAUGAAAAAUGUAUGCACUCACUAACUGUAAGUCACUCUGGAUAAGAGUGUCUGCUAAAUGACUAAAAUGUAAAUGGUGGAUGGGCAUAAGCAUCUGCCUCUGUUGCUAAAGGUUGCAUGUUCAAAUCCAGCGAUAUAAAUAGUUUUUUAGAUUUAGGUUUUAAGCCUAUCCCAAACCUUUCUGAGUUAAUGUCUAACCUUAAGACUACAGAGUUAACAGCCUAAUUAAGACUACAGAGUUAACAGCCUAAUUAAGACUACAGAGUUAACAGCCUAAUUAAGACUACAGAGUUAACAGCCUAAUUAAGACUACAGAGUUAACAGCCUAAUUAAGACUACAGAGUUAACAGCCUAAUUAAGACUACAGAGUUAACAGCCUAAUUAAGACUACAGAGUUAACAGCCUAAUUAAGACUACAGAGUUAACAGCCUAAUUAAGACUACAGAGUUAACAGCCUAAUUAAGACUACAGAGUUAACAGCCUAAUUAAGACUACAGAGUUAACAGCCUAAUUAAGACUACAGAGUUAACAGCCUAAUUAAGACUACAGAGUUAACAGCCUAAACUUAACCUUAACAUUUUACGUUUGGAACAACUUUGAAAUGUUACGUUUGAGAAACAUGGAUGAACGUUUAAUUCUGGUGUGAGACUGUGAGAGCUAGUUGAAGAAAAUUCUCUAAAACGACGUUGGAGGCGGCUUAUGGUAGAGAAAUUAACAUUCAAUUCUCUGGCAACAGCUCUGGUGGACAUUCCUGCAGUCAGCAUGCCAAUUGCACGCUCCCUCAAAACUUGAGACUUCUGUGGCAUUGUGUUGUGUGACAAAUAUGCACAUUUUAGAGUGGCCUUUUAUUGUCCCCAGCACAAGGUGCACCUGUGUAAUGUGCACCUUGAGACCAGCCACCCGGACAGCUGACGAAACUGGGGGUUUGCUCAACCGAAUAAUUUCUGCACAAACUGUCAGAAACCGUCUCAGGGAAGCUCAUCUGCGUGGUCGUCGUCCUCACCAGGGUCUUGACCUGACUGCAGUUCGGAGUCGUAACCGACUUCAGUGGGCAAAUGCUCACCUUCGAUGGCCACUGGCACACUGGAGAAGUGUGCUCUUCACAAAUGAAUCCCGGUUUCAACUGACAGCAGACAGCGUGUAUGGCGUCGUGUGGGUGAGCGGUUUGCUGAUGUCAACGUUGUGAACAGAGUGCCCCAUGGUGGAGGUGGGGUUAUGGUAUGAGGAGAAAUAAGGUACGGACAACGAACACAAUUGCAUUUUAUCAAUACCAAUUUGAAUACACUGAGGCCCAUUGACAUGCCAUUCAUCCGCCGCCAUCACCUCAUGUUUCAGCAUGAUAAUGCACAGCCCCAUGUCGCAAGAAUCUGUACACAAUUACUGGAAGCUGAAAAUGUCCCAGUUCUUCCAUGGCCUGCAGACUCACCAGACAUGUCACCAAUUGAGCAUGUUUGGGAUGCUCUGGAUCGACGCGUACGACAGCUUGUUCUAGUUCCCGCCAAUAUCCAGCAACUUCGCACAGCCAUUGAAGAGGACUGGGACAACAUUCCACAAUCAACAACCUGAUCAACUUCAAGACUUCCUUAAAGAUGCAUUAUGCAGAAAUUGCUCCACCAUUUCCUGGUCUGCCUAGUUUCAGUUUGUGACAAAACAAGCAAGUAUAGUGUAGAGAAUCAUUGUACCAUCUAAACCGCUGUGAAAUAUAUUUUCCAUAACCAAAAAUAUUGUAUUUUCAGCUGUUUGAAGCUGGUGGACAAAACCGACAGUAAAAGACGCAAAAAACAAACUUAAGAACGGGAAGCAAAGAAAUAGCACAUAGAACAGAUCUACCACCUCUUAGACUUGCUGUCAAUGAGAAUGACAGAUCUAUUAAACACAUUUCUAUGUGACGCUGGUCAAGUCGCCCAAAAAGGGACAUAUUGCAGCUUUAAUAUUAGAGAUUGCGCAGCAGCUGUUGUUAACAGAGAUACACACCCCCUCCCCUGAGCUUCCCCGACGCCACCGUUCUGUCUUGCCAACGUAUAGAAAAACCAGCUAGAUUUAUAUUUACUAUGUGCUUGUUCAGCCACGACUGGGAGAAACAGGAUAUUACGUUGAUAGGAUAGUCUCGAACGGAGCUCAUCCAGUUUAUUCUCCAGUGAUUGCACGUUCGCCAAUAGAACGGAGGGUAGAGGCCGUUUAUCCACUCUCCGACGUAGUCUCGUCAGGUAUCCCACACCCCGGCCUCUAUAGCGCCGUCUCCUCCUUCUUAGAGUGUCGGGGAUCUGGGCCUGCUCCGGGAUAAUCAAUAUGUCUUUUGUCUCCGACUCAUUGAAGUAGAAGUCCCCCCUUACAUAACCCUCCCCUUACAUAACCCCCCCAUAACCCUCCUCUGGACUAGAUUUUUUUUUUUAAAGACUAAACCCUCCCCUUGACUGAAAUUGAAAAAGCAUGUCCAACUGAACCAACUGCUUGGCCUAAACCAACCGUCAUCCUCAGUCAGCAGUGGGAUGGCCAGACAGCUCCCCAUAACCCUCCCCAUCCUCAGUCAGCAGUGGGAUGGCCAGACAGCUCCCCAUAACCCUCCCCAUCCACAGUCAGCAGUGGGAUGGCCAGACAGCUCCCCAUAACCCUCCCCAUCCUCAGUCAGCAGUGGGAUGGCCAGACAGCUCCCCAUAACCCUCCCCAUCCUCAGUCAGCAGUGGGAUGGCCAGACAGCUCCCCAUAACCCUCCCCAUCCUCAGUCAGCAGUGGGAUGGCCAGACAGCUCCCCAUAACCCUCCCCAUCCUCAGUCAGCAGUGGGAUGGCCAGACAGCUCCCCAUAACCCUCCCCAUCCUCAGUCAGCAGUGGGAUGGCCAGACAGCUCCCCAUAACCCUCCCCAUCCUCAGUCAGCAGUGGGAUGGCCAGACAGCUCCCCAUAACCCUCCCCAUCCUCAGUCAGCAGUGGGAUGGCCAGACAGCUCCCCAUAACCCUCCCCAUCCUCAGUCAGCAGUGGGAUGGCCAGACAGCUCCCCAUAACCCUCCCCAUCCUCAGUCAGCAGUGGGAUGGCCAGACAGCUCCCCAUAACCCUCCCCAUCCUCAGUCAGCAGUGGGAUGGCCAGACAGCUCCCCAUAACCCUCCCCGUCCUCAGUCAGCAGUGGGAUGGCCAGACAGCUCCCCAUAACCCUCCCCGUCCUCAGUCAGCAGUGGGAUGGCCAGGACAGCUCCCCAUAACCCUCCCCGUCCUCAGUCAGCAGUGGGAUGGCCAGACAGCUCCCCAUAACCCUCCCCGUCCUCAGUCAGCAGUGGGAUGGCCAGACAGCUCCCCAUAACCCUCCCCAUCCUCAGUCAGCAGUGGGAUGGCCAGACAGCUCCCCAUAACCCUCCCCAUCCUCAGUCAGCAGUGGGAUGGCCAGACAGCUCCCCAUAACCCUCCCCAUCCUCAGUCAGCAGUGGGAUGGCCAGACAGCUCCCCAUAACCCUCCCCAUCCUCAGUCAGCAGUGGGAUGGCCAGACAGCUCCCUGAAGGCCACAGAGACAGGGGCAGUCUAACUCUCAUUAGCCAGCAUUUGAAUCAGAAACACGUUCAACCACGUGGCCAAAGCCAAUGGGACAUGUUUAAACAUCUCCCCCUCAUUCUUCUCCUGCACCUCCUCCACUUAAGCCAAGACCAGUUUCCUCCCUACAGUAAGUACCAGCUGAAGUUCCUAAACCAGCAGAGGCAGACUCCUUUAAGACUCUUCCUAAUGCAGAGACACGCGCAGGACCUCACCUUAGCACUGACUAGAGACCAACCUAAUGGAACAACUAGCCAACCACCAGCAUUGCAUCCAUACAGAGCCUCCAUUCACCACUCACCAUAACAGCAUAUACCAUGUCUAUACAGACUUACCAUACACCACCAUCUAUCAGACCUACCAUACACCACCAUCUAUCAGACCUACCAUACACCACCAUCUAUCAGACCUACCAUACACCACCAUCUAUCAGACCUACCAUACACCACCAUCUAUACAGACCUACCAUACACCACCAUCUAUACAGACCUACCAUACACCACCAUCUAUCAGACCUACCAUACACCACCAUCUAUCAGACUUACCAUACACCACCAUCUAUCAGACCUACCAUACACCACCAUCUAUCAGACCUACCAUACACCACCAUCUAUACAGACCUACCAUACACCACCAUCUAUACAGACCUACCAUACACCACCAUCUAUCAGACCUACCAUACACCACCAUCUAUCAGACCUACCAUACACCACCAUCUAUCAGACCUACCAUACACCACCAUCUAUCAGACCUACCAUACACCACCAUCUAUACAGACCUACCAUACACCACCAUCUAUACAGACCUACCAUACACCACCAUCUAUCAGACUUACCAUACACCACCAUCUAUCAGACCUACCAUACACCACCAUCUAUCAGACCUACCAUACACCACCAUCUAUCAGACUUACCAUACACCACCAUCUAUCAGACCUACCAUUCACCACCAUCUAUACAGACCUACCAUACACCACCAUCUAUACAUACCUACCAUUCACCACCAUGUAUACAGACCUACCAUUCACCACCAUCUAUAUAGACCUACCAUUCACCACCAUCUAUCAGACCUACCAUACACCACCAUCUAUAUAGACCUACCAUUCACCACCAUGUAUACAGACCUACCAUUCACCACCAUCUAUAUAGACCUACCAUACACCACCAUCUAUACAGACCUACCAUACACCACCAUCUAUACAGACCUACCAUUCACCACCAUCUAUACAGACCUACCAUACACCACCAUCUAUCAGACCUACCAUACACCACCAUCUAUACAGACCUACCAUACACCACCAUCUAUACAGACCUACCAUUCACCACCAUCUAUACAGACCUACCAUACACCACCAUCUAUCAGACCUACCAUUCACCACCAUCUAUACAGACCUACCAUACACCACCAUCUAUCAGACUUACCAUACACCACCAUCUAUACAGACCUACCAUUCACCACCAUGUAUACAGACCUACCAUUCACCACCAUCUAUAUAGACCUACCAUUCACCACCAUCUAUACAUACCUACCAUUCACCACCAUCUACAUAGACCUACCAUUCACCUCCAUCCACACAGGGCCACCCUGCACUCCCACCCAUCACCUUAAUAGAGAGAGAUAAUUAACUUCCACUAGACCGUCAGCCAGCCACUCCUGUCAGAGCCACAACAACACCAGACCGUCAGCCAGCCACUCCUGUCAGAGCCACAACAACACCAGACCGUCAGCCAGCCACUCCUGUCAGAGCCACAACAACACCAGACCGUCAGCCAGCCACUCCUGUCAGAGUCUCAACAACACCAGACCGUCAGUCAGCCACUCCUGUCAGAGUCUCAACAACACCAGACCGUCAGUCAGCCACUCCUGUCAGAGUCUCAACAACACCAGACCGUCAGCCAGCCACUCCUGUCAGAGCCACAACAACACCAGACCGUCAGCCAGCCACUCCUGUCAGAGUCUCAACAACACCAGACCGUCAGUCAGCCACUCCUGUCAGAGCCACAACAAGUCAGUAUGUUACUCCUGUCAGAGUCUCAGAAGAGAAUCACAGUGCUUCAUCAGUCACAGGCUUAGAACAGGGUCAGUGCAGGUCUGCUACACCUGUCAAAGCCUUUGUAUAAAACUAUUCACAGCAGCAUCACUAGUUCAAUCUGAUAAUCUUGCUUUAGUUAAGAGUCAGCAUGCCAAACCACCCACAUCCCCAGUACAGAGCAUUUCCUCCGAAACAUCAGUACAUGGGCAGUCUGCUGCACCCAAAACGUCUUCCACACCAAGCCAAUAUCCUGCUGACACUGACUGGCCCGUCAUCAGACCAUUCCCACUCUCUAGGCAGGAUAUGAUGUCAGAACCUCCGAUAAAAAGGCAGAAUAUGAAAUCAGAGAGACAGGAUGUGACAUCAGAGCCUCAGAGAGACAGGAAGUGACGUCAGCGCCUCAGAAAAACAGGAUAUGA